GCGGAGAUGGUGCUGCACGUGCAUUGACGGCGCCCGCGCCCCGAGGGUCCCAGCCGUGCGCCCCGCGUCCCCGGCGAGCAUGCAGCACCCCGAGCCCGAGCUGAUCCGGCAGAGCUGGCGGGUGGUGAACCGCAGCCCACUGGAACACGGCACUGUGCUGUUCGCCAGGCUGUUUGACCUGGAGCCAGACCUGCUGCCCCUCUUCCAGUACAACUGCCGCCAGUUCUCCAGUGUGGAGGACUGCCUCUCUUCCCCAGAGUUCCUGGACCACAUCCGUAAGGUGAUGCUCGUGAUUGAUGCUGCAGUGACCAACGUGGAGGACCUGUCCUCGCUGGAGGAGUAUCUAGCUGGCCUGGGCAGGAAGCACCGGGUGGUGGGGGUGAAGCUCAGCUCCUUCUCGACAGUGGGUGAGUCCCUGCUCUACAUGCUGGAGAAGUGCCUGGGUCCCGCCUUCACGCCGGCCACGCGGGCUGCCUGGAGCCAGCUCUACGGGGCCGUGGUACAGGCCAUGAGUCGAGGCUGGGACGGCGAGUAAGAGGUGGUCCUGUCCAGUGGUCCCUAUCUUGACAGCUGUCAGCAUGUCUGUCUGUCAGCGUGU